AUGACAUGGCGUUUGAUGAUAUCAUCGAGUUGGGAGUUGGCUGCGGAAAUGCCGAGGCGUGCUCCAUGGCCAUCAUGUCCUCUGGUACCCGAUCCGAAAAGUAGGUCUGCUGUUGAUGUUGGUUCUUUUGCUCCGAACAAUACCCGAGGAAAUGAGUAUUCAUGGUCUAGGUGGAGUAUGGGCACAAUUGACCUCGAUCGCCCAAAACGCCCAACAUAUCAUCAGGAGACUAAAGACGACCCCGUCCAGAACAAACCAUUGGCCAUAAUGUUUGAAGACGUCCGAGGAAGUGUUGAAUAA